GAACACCUCCAUGUGGACAUGGACACAGUUUAUGCCACAAAGCUGACUUCCUCAGUGAAUCACUGCUCAGCGAGUGUCCUGCAGGACAUCUGCUGCCGUCUGCACGGAGUCAGAGUCACAGAUCGUAGUACACAACUACUGCGGACAUCACAUACUGCAAAUACUGCGAAGACUGUUCUACCACAAUAGAACUGAAGCGAGAAUAAAAACAAAAACAGAUUGUGUUCAGAGGAUUACUGCAGUUUCUCAUCAUGUACCUGAAGGUUACAGCAGAGACGCAGUGACUGUGCCCUCCCAGUGUACAGGGAGGGAUCUUGGCUCCUGCAGCCCUUCUCCCUGCAGGACUGAGCUCUUUGGCUGCUUCUUCACUUCCUCAGCAGAGAGGCUGCUGGCAGCAGCAACAUCUGAGCAGAGGUCAUGAAGCCCCAGGAGACCCAGCUCGUCACUGAAAUCUCCAAGUUACAGUGCAUGGUCUCAGAGCUGAAGACGGGUUUCACCAGCGCUCUGCUGGAGCUCAGUCAGAUCCAACACGGAGACACGUACCUGAGGGAGGAGCUGGAGGAGAACAGGAGGAGCUGCCAGAAGAAAGCUCUUCGUCUGGAGACUCUGGUGGAGUCGCUGAGAGAAGAACUGAGUUUGGUGCAGCAUCAGAUCCUGCAGCUAAACAGUCGCAGACAGAAACCUCAGCAGCAGGAAAAUAUAAGUACAUCCAAACAUAGAGAAAGCGUUGAUGCAGCAGAACCAUCACAGACUGUGUGCACGUGUCCGUCCACUGUCUCCAGAGGGAAACUGCUCCUGCACUGUUUCCUGCAGGGACUGAAGGCAGGUCUGAGUGAAGGCACAGAUGCUCGUCAUCAGGUGGCCAUGCAGCUUCUCCACUCAGAGUGGGAGUACGUCUCCACCCUCAACCAGCUGUAUGAUCAGUACAGGACUCCACCUGCUCAUCACAUGGCUGUGGAGCCAUAUCAGCGGUAUCUAAAGUUUGUGGAGCAGCUGCUGCAGCGACACCUGCUGUUCAGAAACACACUGCAGGAGCGACUCUCCGCUGAACACUGGAAAUCUCUGGUUGGAGACAUCUUGGUGCAGCUCAUUGGUCAAAACGAUACAACUUUUGCAGACAUGUACCUGGGAUACACCACCACUCUGGCCUCCUUCCUCUCACUGGAGUUUAACAGACUGAACCAUCCUGAGGAAGAACACAAAGUACAGAUGGACAGAGAGGAAAUGAAGCUGCUCUCUCUGCUCUUGGCUCCUGUUUCUCGCAUACACAGCUACCUGAGUCACAUUCAGAACCUGUUGCAGUGGACAGGUAAAGAACAUCCUGACUGCAGCCUCCUGCUGGGCACUGAGCGAGCGCUGAGGACCGUGUUGUCUCGCUGUCAUGUGAUUCUGGAGGAGGAUGUCAGAUGGGAGGAGAGAGAGGCUGCCGGACAAAGCAGCUGCUCCGACGCUGCAGCAGCUUCGUCAUCUGCAAACUGUUGCAGCAGAAACCAUCAGAGCAGAGAACCUCAGAGGAACAGGGACGAGACCAAGUCAGCUCACAGAUACAUCCAGAAUGCUGGUCCUCUCACCAACGGUGUGGAUGUCCACCAAUCCAUGCGUCUGGAAUGCUGGUCCUGCAGUCCAGUGAGAAGGAAGAGUUCUGGACGAGAUUGGACGUCUCUAAACCGACCAGCCCGCGACUGUGGACAUGUCUCUUGUUCUGUUCUCACACCGGAUGCUGCAGGGUGGACGGAGAACAGUGACUCAGGUCAGGGCACCUUCAGCCAACCCACAGGUAGAAGCACCAACGGGUUGGACGCAGCUUCUUCUGCAACCAACGGCCUCCAGGACUGUGAGACGGACGCUGAUGACACUUCAGCCUUCGACUACUCCUCUGUGACCUCCUGCAGCCCUGAUGGCACCCUCCGGAGGGACAUGACAGGAAGUGUAGAGGAGGAUGAAGAAGAAGAGGAGGAGGAGGAGGAGGAGGAAGAAGAAGAUGAGGAGGAGGAGGACAGUCAGGUGCCUGUGCUGUUGAAGCCCUCAUGCAGUCAGAAACAGCAGCAGCAGCAGUCGUCCAGAGACGCUCCCAGAGAGAGGACAGUGUGUCUAAGGUGGCAGAUUCCCAGACUGACUCCUCACCCUCCUCUCAGACCAACUGCUGGUUCCUGUGUGGACAGAUCCAAACCAUGUCUCAUGAGCUCCCAUGGGAAGAGGGUGGUCAGUGUCAGGAAAGGCUCGCCGCCUCUUCAUCCUAAAAGUGCCUUCAGGCCCAUCUGGGACGACCCGUCCAAACAGCUCGACUCUGCUCCAGAGAAAGACAACAGACCAGGCUUUGUGCCCAUCCAGGCUCCAACGAGGCAGGGUGCUCACACCUGUACCCUGAGCAGAGACAGUCUGAGACCAGGCCGGGCCCCGCAGCACGAUGGGAACCACGUGACGGGGGUGAACGGUGGAGGGCUGUGGGAGGACAGUGAGGACAGUGAGGGGCCAUGCAGCACUGUUUGACCCCGACCACAGAGACACUGCAUUUUAAACACUGG